AUCAACAACAUCUCCAACACUGUCUCCAAGACUAUUUGUUACUUUUGCUUCUAGAGCACUGAGUCAAAAGGAAGGAGACAUUCAUCACUAUUCACACCAAAGUAAAAUAAUUUGACUUUUGGAGUUAUGGGUGCUCAUGGAUCCAACUUGGAUGAAAUCCUAGCUGAGGACAUGCACCAUUGGUACAAUAAGUUCAUGAGGGAGUCUCCAUCAGGACUCAUCACCCUGUUCGAACUAAAGAACAUGCUACAGAUGCAGGGUAUGACCGAGGAGGCCAGCAGCUAUGUUGACCAGGUCUUCUACACUUUUGACAUGGAUGGGGAUGGGUAUAUUGAUUUUGUAGAAUAUAUAGCAGCUGUAAGUUUGCUACUGAAAGGAGAGAUCAACCAGAAACUGAAAUGGUACUUCAAACUCUUUGAUCAAGAUGGAAAUGGAAAAAUUGACAAAGAUGAGAUGGAGACCAUAUUCAAGGCUAUUCAAGAUAUCACCCGGAUCUAUGAUGACCCUCCAGAGGAGAUUGUGACACUCAUUUACGAAAGGAUUGAUGUUAAUAAUGAAGGUGAGCUAACCUUAGAAGAGUUCAUCACUGGUGUUAAGGAGCAACCUGACAUCAUGGAGAUGCUCACCAGGAUGAUGGACCUGACUCGUGUGUUAGAGAUUAUAGUCAAUGGACAGAAGAAGUUGGUUAAAGACAGUGUGUGCAAUGCCAAGUCAUAGACAACAAGCCUUAGUCCCUUCACAACGUGCAACCUUAAAAAUCAAUUUGUUAUAACUGAAUAAAAUGAAUGUAGGUGAUGGGGAGGUAAAUGUAAAGGAUUUCACAUAUAUAUAUAUGACAUGUCUCUGUUUGUAUCUACAGAUUAAAUUGUUUUCCAGAAUAGGAAACUGGAACUGACCAAAUGAAUUGUGUUGAAACCAGCAGAAACCUGUAGCAAUAUUGUUUUAACAUUAUUAUUAUAUAUCCAAAUUUAUAGCUUAAAUUUUUCUGCAGCAUUUCUCCUGUGUUUUUUCUUCUUCUUAGAUUAGACCACAAUCUCACUGUGUACUUUGUCAAUAUGUGAUUGAUGUUUAUUGUAUGUGGGCUUGUCAGGUUUUGAACACCUUUAUGAAAAUUCCAAUAUCCUUUUUUUAUUGCUAUAUAAUGUA